UCCUCAACGCUUUUAACCACCUUAUCCGUAGCACUGUGUGAGUGUUUCUGUGAGGGAAGCCGACUCUUGUUUACAGCAGUGAUUCUACGAGUGGACACCGACAAGCCUACAUAAGGCAAGUCGUUGGAUUUCAGCUUGUACUUUGUGCUAAGGGAGUCUUUUAAGGAAAAAUAACAAUAACCAACUCUGGACGGCUUCUGGGACAUAGGAAAUCUUCCUCCAGUCUGGCGAACACAUCAUCUGCUGGGAGAUCCAUUCUCUUGCGUGGCACAAUCAUUUUUUUCAGCUGCAAAUUCGGCGGACUGCAUUUACUGCAAGGAUAAGGCCACGGCUCCCCUCCAUGGAUUAGCCCAAAGGUUUUCAUUCAUUUUGUUUUUUUUAUUCCGGACACCGCUCUGCGUGUUUCAGCGUGUUUUUCCAUUAAACUAACGUAUUUUCCCCGUAGAGACAUUUGCUCGGAAACAGUGAGCGGCAGUGAGGGAAUAUUCUGGUGUGCUCACAAACAUCGCCCUUUUACCACCAGGGCCGCAUUCUGCUGUGCUUCAAGAGAUGGAGACCGAGGAUGUGGAUUACCAUCUUGGAUCGAGUCAAAUCUGUGGCUUGUGUGCCCCACCGGCAGACGUCGAAUUGUUGUGUGCUGGGCAACAAUAACAAACUGUUUUAGUCGAUUUGUUCUCGUUCAUUUCCACCCAAAGGAAUUGGGUAUAUUGGAUGCUACUUAAGGAUUUGAAGGGCUGUAGUCACCUACGACUUGUUUGGGCUCGAUCACACGUUGCUCUUAUUUUUAAGGCUAUACACGCCUAUGUACUGAAUGUUUCAACAGACUUCACGUCGUCGUUCGAGUGAUUUAAUUUUCUUUUGGAGCAGUGGCGAUUAAAUGAAAGAACCAGGAAUGAGAUCUCAAAGACGGAGGAGCAGCACGACCUUGUUUUGGGGUCUGAUGCUGUCUGUCUUGACUCUGCUCUGCGUUCGGCCAAGCUGUGGAGAGAUCUGCAGUCCCAGCAUCGACAUUCGUAAUGACAUCAGCGAGCUGAGGCGCCUGGAGAACUGCACUGUGGUGGAGGGCUUCCUGAAGAUCCUCCUCAUCUCGGACAAGACCAGCACCCUCAACCAGGAGCUGCUGCGCUCCCUCAGCCUGCCCAAGCUGACCGUCAUCACGGACUACCUGCUUUUGUUCCGCGUGGCCGGCCUGGACAGCCUCAGCACGCUGUUCCCCAACCUCAGCGUCAUCCGGGGACUCAACCUCUUCCAGAACUACGCCCUGGUCAUCUUCGAGAUGACCAGCCUGAAGGACAUCGGUCUGUACAACCUGAGGAACGUCACGCGCGGGGCCAUCCGUAUCGAGAAGAACCCCGAGCUGUGCUACCUGGACUCGGUGGACUGGUCCCUGAUCAUGGGCACGGACGGCAACAACUUUAUCAGUGGGAAUAAGCAGUCCAAGGAGUGCGGCGACGUGUGCCCCGGCAUGAUGGAGGACAAGCCGCUGUGCGUGCGCACCCAGUUUAAGGAGAAGUCUGAUUACCGCUGCUGGACCUCCAACCAGUGUCAGAAAGUUUGCCCGGACACCUGCAAGCAGGCGUGUUCGGACCGGGGCGAGUGCUGCCACAGCCAGUGCCUGGGCAGCUGCUCGGAGCCGCACAGCGACACGGCGUGCUCGGCCUGCCUGCACUACUACCACGAGGGCCGCUGCGUGGCCCAGUGCCCGCCCGGAACGUACAAGUUCGAGGGCUGGCGCUGCAUCACCAUGGACCUGUGCUCCCGCCUGCACCUGCCCCACGACAAGGCCUUCGUCAUCCACGCCGGGGAGUGCACGCCCGACUGUCCCCACGGGUUUACACGCAACGAGACAAACAGCAUGCUCUGCAGCGCGUGUCAUGGCCUCUGCGACAAGACGUGCUCGUCCACCAUCAUCGACUCUGUGGACGCGGCCCAGGGCCUGUUGGGCUGCACCGUGAUCAAGGGCAACCUGCUGAUCAACAUCCGGCGAGGAAACAACAUAGCGUCUGAGCUGGAGAGCUUCAUGGGGCUGAUCCAGACGGUGACGGGCUACGUGAGGAUCCGCUACUCCCACACUCUGAGCUCGCUCUCCUUCCUCAAGAGCCUGCGCUACAUCAACGGGGAGGAGCUCAUGGACCAGAUGUAUUCCUUCUCGGCCAUCAACAACCAGAACCUGCAGUUCCUGUGGGACUGGUCCACGCACAACCUGACGGUGCGCGCCGGGCGGCUCUUCUUCCAUCUCAACCCCAAGCUCUGCAUGUCGGAGAUCCACAAGAUGUGGGAGAAGACCGGGGUGCCCGAGAAGCGCAAGGAAGGGGACGUCCGGAACAACGGCGACCGGGCCAGCUGUGAGAGCGAUACCUUGACGUUCAAGUCCAACACCACAACCAGCAACAGCAUCAGGCUGACGUGGGAGCGCUACAGUCCUCUGGACUACACAGACCUCAUCAGCUUCAUCGUGUACUGCAAGGAGUCACCCCACCAGAACAUCACCGAGUUCGACGGUCAGGACGGCUGCGGCUCCAACAGCUGGAACAUGGUGGACGUGGACCUCCCCCCGGAUAAGGCAGUGGACCCCCAGGUCCAGCUGAAAUAUCUGAAGCCCUGGACCCAGUACGCCGUGUUCGUCAGAGCCAUCACCCAGCAGAGGGACGACAAGCACGUCAAGGGCGCCAAGAGCGACGUGGUCUACAUCCGCACCAGGCCGUCGCAGCCGUCGAUGCCCAAGGACCCGCGCGCCUUCGCCAACUCCUCCGCCAAGCUGGUGGUGCGCUGGGCUCCGCCGGUGUCCCCCAACGGCAACCUGACCUUCUACCUGGUUAGCUGGCAGCAGCAGCAAGAGGACCGCGAGCUCUACCUGCACAACUACUGCUCCAAAGAACUCAAGCUCCCCAUCCGCCUCUCGGCCACGGGCCUCACGGACCUGGACGAGAACUCCAAGCCCACCAAGUCGGACCUGUCCGGGGCGGAGAAGGGCCAGUGCUGCAUGUGUCCCAAGACGCCCGAGGAGAAGGGCCGGGAGCAGGACGACCGCGUCUUCCUCAAAGCCUUUGAGAACUUCCUGCACAACUCCAUCUUUCUGCCCAGACCCCCAGACCGGAGGCGGCGAGACGUCUUCGGCGCGGCCAACGGCACGCUGUCGUGGGACAGCCCCGGUAAGGGCAACGCCUCCGCCUCCCCCGCGCCGGGCUCCGAGGGCGGCAACGGCCCGGCCGGCUCCCCGCCGCCCCAGGACUUCCCCUUCUUCAGCGCCCGCACCACGGUGGAGCACAUGGACGUUCAGGACCUGAAGCACUUCACCGUCUACCGCAUGGACAUCCACGCCUGCAGCCAGGAGGUCCGCAGCUGCAGCGCCGCCGCCUUCGUCUACUCCAGGACCCAGCCCGCAGACAAAGCCGACGACAUCCCAGGACCGGUGGUCUACGAGCUGGACGAGAAGACGGAGGGCUGCGUGGUCCUCCACUGGCCCGAGCCCAGCAAACCCAACGGCCUCAUCCUCAUGUACGGGAUCAAGUUCCGCCUCAGGGCGGAGCCCGAGAAACACGAGUGCGUGUCGCGCCAGCAGUUCCACGAGCACCGGGGCGGUCGCCUCAGCAACCUGGGCCCGGGGAACUACUCUGCCCGUGUGCGCGCCAUCUCUCUGGCGGGCAACGGCUCCUGGACCGAGACGGUCUACUUCUAUGUGGCCCCGCCCAAACGUGAGUACGAGGUGACCCUCUACCUGGCCGUCAUCAUCCCCAUCAUCGUGAUCAUCAUGAUCAUCGGCCUCCUUACCGCCCUCUUCUUCGUCAACAAGAAGAGAAACAGUGACCGGCUGGGAAACGGAGUCCUCUACGCCUCGGUCAACCCAGAGUACUUCAGCGCCGCUGAAAUGUACGUGCCAGACGAGUGGGAGGUGGCCCGGGAGAAGAUCACCAUGAACAAGGAGCUGGGCCAGGGCUCGUUCGGCAUGGUGUACGAGGGCAUGGCCAAGGGCGUGGUGAAGGACGACCCCGAGACCCGCGUGGCCAUCAAGACGGUGAACGAGACGGCCAGCAUGCGGGAGCGCAUCGAGUUCCUGAACGAGGCCUCGGUCAUGAAGGAGUUCAACUGUCACCACGUGGUGCGGCUGCUGGGCGUGGUCUCGCAGGGACAGCCAACGCUAGUUAUCAUGGAGCUGAUGACCCGCGGGGACCUGAAGAGCCACCUGCGCUCACUGAGGAAGGAGAACUCCACCACCCAGGUGCUGCCCCCGCUGAAGAAGAUGAUCCAGAUGGCCGGGGAGAUUGCCGACGGCAUGGCGUACCUCAACGCCAACAAGUUUGUCCACCGGGAUCUGGCUGCGAGGAACUGCAUGGUGACGGAGGACUACACGGUGAAGAUCGGAGAUUUCGGCAUGACGCGGGACAUCUACGAGACGGACUACUACCGGAAAGGGGGCAAGGGGCUGCUUCCGGUCCGCUGGAUGUCUCCGGAGUCCCUCAAAGACGGCGUGUUCACCACCAUGUCCGACGUCUGGUCGUUUGGCGUGGUGCUGUGGGAGAUCGCCACCCUGGCGGAGCAGCCCUACCAGGGCCUGUCCAACGAGCAAGUGCUGCGCUUCGUCAUGGACGGCAGCCUGCUGGAGAAACCCGACAACUGCCCCGACAUGCUGUUUGAGCUGAUGCGGAUGUGCUGGCAGUACAACCCCAAGAUGCGGCCGGCCUUCCUGGAGAUCAUCAGCAGCAUCACGGCGGACCUGGAGGGGCCCUUCAGGGAGAUGAGCUUCUUCUUCAGCGACGAGAACAAGCCCCCCGACACGGAGGAGCUGGACAUGGAGGUGGAGAACAUGGAGAACAUUCCCCUGGACCCCGUGUCCAGCCAGCGGCCCACGGCCGUCCCCACGCCCUCCUCCGCGUCGGCGGGGGCCACGGCGACCCCGCCGCCCGCGACCGCCUCCUCGGCCACCCCCCAGCUGCUGGCGCCACUGCAGGGGCCCGGCACGCCGCUGCUGGGGGGCCCCGCGUCCCCGGCCACCUCGGCCUCGUCCUCCUCCGCGGCGGGGGCGGGCGCGGGCGGGUCGUCGGCCUCGGCGUCCCCGGGGCCCCCCGCGGACAAGCACUCGGGACAGGCGGCGCCGGCGGCCAACGGGCCGGCGGCGCGGCUGCGGCCCGCCUUCGACGAGCUGCAGCCGUACGCGCACAUGAACGGCGGCCGCAAGAACGAGCGGACGCUACCGCUGCCCCAGUCCUCGGCCUGCUGAUACCCCGACGCCGGAGACCCCGCCUCCAGGCUCCGCCUCUUAAACAGGGUUAAUGACACGCCUCCUCCCCCCUCCUCCUCCCCCCCAGCCUCUCUGGAAGGAUUGGGGGAGGGGGGGGGGAGAGAUGGGAGCAGAGCGUUCUUUCCCUUCCUCUGGGUCUUCCUCUUCUUGGACGUUCCCGUUCCCCCCGCUGGAUGCGAGCAGAGCGACGUGUACCCCUGGAGACUGGAGCGCAGCAUGGGGGUCCGCAGCAGGGGGCGCUGUGGGAGGGCUGGGGUCUCUACCUGCUCAGCCUGCACUGUGCAGCGUUUGUUACAUAAGUCUUUAAACGAAAAAAUGGAUACAUUUAAAAAAAAAAAACUACGGGAAAUAACGCAGGCAUUUCACCUGGCUUACAGAUAUUGUAAGACACGAACACGAGAGAAUGAUUACAUAGCAUAUCUGCCAGCAAAUCCAACAGAAGAGCACUUUUUUCUGAUGAUUUUUAGAAAGGAUGUUGUGGAUAUUUCAGUGUGUAUUUAUACGAACACGUGACUCUCUCUACGGUAUAUAUCUCAAACUUUUUUUAAGUGACUUUCCAUUGAUAUAACGUUCAGUUAUUUUAUGAGCAUCUAAGGACUGCAGCUCGAACCAUUUGAGGAUGCCACAGAUCUAAACCCUGGACUAGGAUCCUGGGUUCUGUUUCCAGUCUAUAUUUCUAUGUGUGUGGAUCCUUUAGCAGCCGGUCCUAUUGGAUGGAGAGACGGCUGUUAUGUGUAUGCCAAACUUUUGCCAAAUCAACCUUUUUAUUUGUUUUUAUAUUUCAUUUAUUUGUUUUAAACAAGAUAAAUAUCUCCCAACACAAACACAAGGCUGCGGAUUAGAGAUGACCCAAGUUCAAUGGGAAUGGCAUUUGACGUUUGUUUGUUUGUUCAUGUCCUAUGAAUAUGAAUUCAUAUCCUGUCUUUGUACUGAAUGCUCCCUGAGCAUCGAGGUAUUGGGCUUAUCUGGGGCUUUGUUUGAUAGGAUGGAUGCAAAAAUGAUUCCCAGUAUAUGUUCUGGGGCUGAAAUUAGUUAGCAAGCGUAUUUAUACUGGCAAUUUAGUUGUUAAUAGUUUGGUUAAUUAUUUCUAUAAUUAUUAAGUCACCAGUUGCCAAGUCAUGCAAAAUAAAGUAUUUGUUAAAAUAUACACAAAAAGGCAAAUAUUGUACAAAUGUAUGCAAUUUAUAAAUAGGACUACAAUUAGUCUGCAGUUGUUUAAUUUGCUGCUUGGUACAAUUUUAAUUAAUUUGGGCAUUCUGGUCGAGGUAUUUUGAGGAUCUCCGUUGCAUUUGGCACUGGUGUAUUACUUGUUUUAGAGAUAUGAAACAAUGCAAAUCCAGUUAGAGUUAGAAUCAUUUACAGUAAACAGCAAGUUCUCCCAGUUCACAGAAUCAAAGGCUGUCUUCUGCUCUUGAAUGGAUGAGUGAUGGCGUUUUUCUAGUUUUCCACAAAUACUUAGAGCUCAGUUCACCCAUCAAAGGGUGAAAAGGAAUGUAUCUGUUUUAUUGACACACUCAUCACCUGAGUCCAUGUAGUCUGUCAACCAUCAUUCUCACACUUAUGUUUUAAUGUAACAAGAAUAUGAUAUACAUUUUGUUUUUGUAUUUGUUUCAAUCAAUGUCUUGUUGUUCUUCUGCUGGUAGUCUUUAUUUGAUGUGGUAACAUCACUCACUGAAGUACUGUUGUUUGGACACAAUGGCACAAAAGCUGACUUCAAAGAGCCCAGAUAAAGAGCUGGGACAUUAAAACAAAGAGGUAUUGGUUUGGGUCGGAUCCCAGUAGCCUUGAGAACUUUGGAAUGCAAAAGGUCUCGUUGGGAGGCGUGGUUUGUCUCAAUACAUUUCAGAUGUAUGUGUAUAUAUAGGUCUUAGAGCUCUAUGUUAGACUGCAGGAUCCAUUUUAUACAUAUAAACAGUCGGUCACUUUUUAAAGAAAACCUUUUUACAGUUCAGAUGUUCACGUCUAUGUCUGUACAGAACAAAGCUGCUAUUUUAUCCCUUUUUUUCUCUUGGAUGCGAUAUAUAUACAUAAUAUAGAAAUCUAUAUAUAUAUAUAUAUAUAAAGAAAUCCUUCAGGUUUGAUAUUUUACGGUCUUCACUUGCAGUCCAUUUCUUAAACUUUCACUAUGUCUAAAAAUGAAAAAUCAUAAAAAAAAAGAUUAUUUUAGAUACUUUUUCUUUUCCGACCCCCCAAGAUCUCUUCCCUAACACUACAUUUUGUUCUAUGCCUUUUAUUUUCUAUAAAGUUUUUUUAAUUAUUUUUUUAUUUUUUGGAAUUAUUUGAUUUAAUUAUUAUUAUUAAUAUUAUUAUUAUUUUUAUUAUUAAUGUUAUCAUUAUUUUGAAUGGACACCUUAGCUCAACGUUUGAGGGUGUACUUUCUGCACCCUUGUUUUUCUACUUUUGUGUCUAGCACUGCACCUAGGACUGCCUCUAGUUUGCGUCUCAAUCUCAGGUCCAAGUAAAGAGCUUUGCUUUCUCCACACACCCUCUCAUGAUUGUCCUCCAAUCAUCUCCUCUCUCGGCUGCCCCUCCCCUCUGCCUCCACCCUGCUAUGGCUUUGUGGAUUCCAAUAGUGCCCGCUCCCUUCUCCUCCCUCUCCCUCCUCCCUCCUUUCCCCCCUCCUCCCCCUCCCUCCUCCUUCUACCUCUCCUCCCUCCUCUUCUUCUCUCUUCCUCCUCUCCUCUCCUCCCUCCUUUCCCCCCUCCUCCCCCCUCCCUCCUCCUUCUACCUCUCCUCCCUCCUCUUCUUCUCUCUUCCUCCUCUCCUCUCCUCCCCCUCCGCCUCUCCCGUCCUUCCUCUCCUCUCCUCCCCCCUACCUCCUCCCCGCUCCCUCCUCUCCUCUCCUCCCCGCUCCCUCCUCUCCUCUCCUCUCCUCCCUCCUCUCCUCUCCUCCUCUCUGGUCGCUGUGUCCAGUAUGUCCGCUUCCCCCAGUGCCUCUUCUAGACGUCAGGACUCGCUCUAGUGUACGUUUCCUUGGUACCAGAUCUGGUGUUUUAACCCAUCCAUCUCUUGCCUCUCACAUUGAUUAGGGCUCACUGGGUUAAUCUUAUUUGCCUUAGUUAACCCUUGAUUACCGGCCCCCAUAUUGUAGACCAUGAAAUCAUGAAACCUUUUUUAUUUGUACUAUCGACGGUUGCAAGCUUCUGCAUUGUCUCCUGCAUUGACCUGCUAAUGAUUGAAAGUAAGAACAGGUCUUUUUAAAUUAUUUUAUUCAUAUUCGUUGCUUGUGUAAAACCAAAUAAAGGACGAGUUAGCGUCCAGGGAAGGGAUCACCUUUCAUCACCAUGGAAACCGUCUGUUUCCUCCGAGGCUGACUAGUAAAUGUAUUGAAGGAUUUCUCCUCAUCUUUUUGAAAAGUUUUUUUCUUUUUUGUUAUCUUUUCUUUCUGUAGUGUUAUUUAUUUAUUUUUCUAAUUUUACUUUUGUGAUAUCAGUUUAAAUCACUGUAUAAAUGCCCCAUGAUUCAGUAUAAACUUGGAUUUUUAUUUGAUUUUUUUGUAUUUUCUUUGGCGUCAUGAUGUUGGAACUUAAACCUUUUUUUGUUUUCUUCAUAUAUCUACCUCACCCUUUUUAAAAAAUACGUGUUUGCAUCUGAAAAAAAUUACAUCUCACUCGUUCCGCAUGAGUUUGUUUAAAAUAACUCUGGAAGGUCUCCGGACACCCCUCACCCUUUGGACACGCCCACUCGGCAUCAUUACCACCGGUACACCUGAAUCAGGAGGUGGACCUCCUCACUGAUGCUGCCAUUGCCACUUUGUCCUAACAUUGCCCAAUCAAUUGUUGGCCCUAUGGAUAAAAACACUUGUUGUUUUAAGCCGGUUCAAAAAGCCUCAGAUUAAUGUCUCUGGUAGAGACAGGCUUUUAAUCAAGGACUGGAGUCAAAUAUUGUAUUUAAUAUUUUACAAAAAUCUGAUGCAGAUGUCAAUUAGCCAAUUCGAAGAAAUGUAUUUGAAAAAUAACGAUCUUUUUAUUUUACUAGAUUUUAGUUCCUGCAUUUUAAAUAAUUUUAAACACUGCAAUAUAUAUAUCAGUAGAAGAGGCCUGGGCACAUUUUAACACCAUCAGGCAUUCCAUCCCCUGUCUUCAUCCUACAGUUACAGAUAUAACAGUCUACAACUUUCCUCUUACUAUGAAGAGGGAUAGCAUAGAUGUAGUCUACACAUGAAGCAUUUAUUCAGAUAACACUUCACUAAUCAUGGGGAAUCAUUUAAAAGGGAAACAUGAUUUCACAAAAAGCAUCUUAUUCAUUGACAAGACGUUCAAUGCUCUCAAAUGUCCUCCAUGUUAUACAUGCCAUGGCAUCCUUAAACUACUAUAUACAUCUAGUUGGAUAAAGAUUCAGUAAAGUUUUUCAUUCACUGACUGAAUUCCACAAUGAGCAUCUAAACUCAGGAUUCCUACUGGCUUCCUGGUCAAUGCCAUAACCAAAAGUCUGUUCCAAUAUCUGAAUAACAUUGUUUUAUUUGCUCCAAUCCAAUUCUCCAGUGAUCACAUGUGUACCCUCUACAGUGUCUUCCACUCUGUGUGUACCUGCUGAAUCUCAUGUCCUAUCUCUCUAGUCUUUUAAUUAUUACUACAUUUUAUUUCCUGGGGGUUGAACCAACAGUUGGUUCAACCCCCAAUACCGAUUCAUUCUGAAUUAAAAAAAACAUCAUGUCCACGGUUGCUCAGCAAACGGUUCUGACCUGGUUUGUUGUUGCUGCUUACAAUAAUGCUGCUUGUUAAAAAAAAUGUUACAGUAGAUUGCAUACAGAGAAAAAGGAGGCAAAUAUGAACAUGGAAAGUUACAACCAAAAAUAAAUAUCAGCACCGGCUUGAUAAGACUCCAAACAGCCGGCUACUUACUGAGGUGAUAUCAGCGCCACACCUCUUCAGAGACUAUCAGAGACCGAUUUAACAGAGAGACAGAGAGUGGAACCAUUACAGUGUCAAGGUAUUGUUACUGGUUGCUUGUCAUCUUUAGCAGUUCAUCUUACCAAAGAUGGGUAUAAAGAGGUUAAGGUUGGUAUCAAUAGGUCCCCAUUGACAAAGUGUGCUUAUGUUGUUACUGAGUUUGUGUUAGGUGUUUUAGGAUGCAUCUUCUGUAAUGAUAACCACAUAGAUUUGAUAUAGAAUCUGCUCUGUCAACUAUUAAGUAAAAAUGACUGACCAGUUUAAAUAAAAAUGUAUUUGAAUAGGCGGGAUGCAACCAUAUAUGGACAACUGCCAACCCAAUGUAUAACGCACAUGUGGACAUCAAUAGGUGACGAUGUCUCAUAGAUUACGGGUAGCUUCGGUUCAGAGUCAUUGUCAACACAUACGACCAUAUAUAUUUGCAGUAUAACUAAAGUACCUUUUGGAAAAGACUGACAACCAAGGUUUCCGGUGAAGCAUCCUUCUCACUACUCUUUUUAUCUGCUUUCUCCAGAACGUUCUUCAUGCAGGCCUCAGGGUUUUGAAGGUUGCAUCAGUGCAUUCAAACUGCAAUAAUGUGUUUGGACUUCAUCACUGUCAUGCUUUCCUUUCCAUGAUUUAUAUUCCAAUAACUUCAGAGGGGGCCUUCAUAUAAUAUUAUUAUUAUUAUUAUUUUAUUAGCUUUCUCACAAAAAGCUGUUGCGUGUGUGAUUCAAUGAUUGAAGGGGGGGGGGGGGGGGGGGGGGGGAAUCAAAGAAGCUUUGCAAAACUGUCUUCAAUUUUUGUAUCUGAAGCCUCAACGUUUUUCACGGUUAUAGUCGAGAUGGGGAAUUCUAAAUGUGUAUCUUGAGAAUUUCUUGUAUUUCUUUUUUUCUGAAAUUUGGAAUAAAAAAAGUGAAUGAA